AUGCCGGUACAAACAAGUCCACCGUCCUUCCUGGACUCGUUUCCUUCAUUUAUGUCCGUCUAUGGUGGUCUGCCUCCUCGAUUUGAAGAAGAAUCAUCAGGCUGCCACUUGCAUGCUUCACCUCAAUUUCCUACGCGGCGACUUCCCGUUCAUCGCGAAAGUGUUUCCUCCUCUGCCUCUGCCUCUACUGAAUCCUCCCCAACUACUACGAUCUCUCCCUUUGAUUCACCCUCCGGUGGGGAUAUCUCUCCUAGUUCCUCUCCCGAAUCCCCCUCGGCAAUGCCCUUAUCGUAUCCGAAAUUCACACCUCCUACUCACGCUUUCGAAGUUGCUAGACCGACCAUGUCAGCAGACUCCCGCUUGUUUCCAGGACCAAAAACGGCGCGUCCACCUUCACCAGGUCGGCGCGCGCGUAAUUUAAAGAACUUGUCGUUGCGAAUGCCCCCACCAUCUCAAUCUCGACCUCCUAUCGCGACCGCGCCCUUGGUGGAGACAUCGUCGUCACACGGGCUUUCUGCCCCGCCAUCUCCAAUUCAGAUCCCCCAAAAGAGCAACCGACGUCGUCCGGCCAAUCUCACCAUUCAAACUCCUUCGUUCAAGCAAUCUUUCUCUGGAGCCGACCUGGUACCCCCGACUCCAUCUCUGGGACUCCAAUCUCUCCGUCAUGCCGAAUCCUCUCCUUCCUUAGCAUCGUUCGCUUCGCCCUCCUUUGGUCCUCAAGGUGGUAUGCAGCUGCCUCGCCCAAUCUCACACCAAAGCACGCGUCGAUUCUCUGCUGCCUUUUCUGAAGAUAUCAAGACUUCCCUGGCUUCAAUCCCCGAUGAUGACCCCACGAUCUGCCACCGCGUUCUCCCCGGUCUGGAUGAAGAGGAUGACCACCUUGAUUCUCGCGAAUCGACCAAGAAGAAAGACCGCGGCUAUCCCGAUGGCCCCAUUCUCAUCUAUGAUACCGGUGUUUAUCUUUAUUUGGAACCGACCGCCGAGGAGGCAUCCAAGUUUGAUACAGUGAUCAACGUGGCCAAGGAAGUUCGGAACCCUUUUAACAAGGAUAAGGAGGAGCGAAAUGAUACCGUGAUGAGCGCCUGGCGCAACGCAUCCAUGGCCUCAAAACGCUUCUCUUUUGACGAUCCUCAGACCGCUAUGUCCGAGAUAUCUUUCAAAUCCGCUUUUGAGUUCCAGCCAGACUCUGAAUCAGCAACUCCUACCCCAUCCCUUCCUACUCCCAAAUCCGCCGCGAUACCUGAAUACCUCCAUGUCGGUUGGGACCACAACUCUGAGAUUUUGGAUGAUUUACUACCCCUGUGUGAGCUUAUUGAUGAGCGAAUUUCCCAGGGUAAGAAGGUUCUGAUCCACUGCCAGUUGGGCGCUAGUAGAUCAGCAUCAUUGGUAAUUGCGUAUGGACUGUACAAGAACCGUCACAUGGACUUUAACUCCAUGUACGAAGCGGUUAAGAGUCGCAGUCAAUGGGUCGGGCCAAACAUGAGUCUGAUUUAUCAGCUCACGGAUUUCCGCGGUCACUUGCAGCGCGGAUCAUCCUCGCGGCCUGCUCCGGCGGAGUGGUUUCAAGGUGGCCGAAGAAGCUCUGAACCGCAGUUCCUCCGUGAAGAGCGAGCUGCGAGGGAAGAGACUUCUCGGCCUCCUUUCCGCGGCCUGGCGCCGAUUCCUUCGAUGGGUGGAUUGAAUCUUCCCCCUUCAAGCCCGGCCCGACCCAAGACUAGUGAUAACGGUGCGAGGUCGCCUAAGCGUAGCUUGUCGCCGCGUCCUCUACCAUUCAGACAAAAGUUCCAGUCUGUGGAGCCUGCUCCUGGUCGUCCACGAGGAUUUCCACGCAAUGUGAGCAGCUGUGACCCACUAGUCCAAACGCAUGUGUAUGUGCGUGAUGCCCCUGAUUUGGGCGUUGGACUUUUCUCCCCGAGAACUUCGGGUUUCUUGUCCCCUCCCCCGGUUAUACCUCAGUUUACUCGAAUUGAUCGAGUGGCAGACCGUUCCAGCUCAGUGAACUAUGCAGAGGAAACGGCAGACCCUCGAUCUCCUCCAGCAGGAGGCGAGCGGAUGAUCAUGAGGAACAUUGAUGAGUUCCUGUAA